AUGGUGCGAACGGAUGAUGCAGUUGUCGACGAAUUUUUUAGCCGCGGUGGACACACCAACAACUGGGCUGUGCUGGUUUGCACCUCGCGAUUUUGGUUUAACUACAGACACAUCGCCAACACCCUGUCAGUGUAUCGCACGGUGAAACGCCUUGGCAUUCCGGAUUCCAAUAUCAUCCUGAUGUUGGCCGACGACGUCGCGUGUAAUCCUCGAAACGUUUUUCCCGCUACGGUUUUCAAUAAUGCCGGAAGGUAUCUGGAUUUAUACGGGGAUAACGUGGAGGUGGACUACCGGGGAUAUGAGCGCCUAUUGUCCGACGAUCGAUCAAACAUUUUGGUGUACAUGACUGGUCACGGUGGUAAUGAAUUCUUGAAAUUUCAAGAUGCCGAAGAGAUCAGCAGUUUUGAUUUGGCCGAUGCAUUCGAACAAAUGUGGGAAAAGCAAAGAUAUCACGAAAUUCUGUUUAUGAUUGACACUUGUCAAGCAAAUACCAUGUAUGGUCAAAUAUAUUCACCCAAUAUUUUGGCCACUGGCAGCAGUGAACUUGGCGAAAACUCUUACUCGCAUCACAUGGACUCUGACAUCGGAGUCGCGGUAAUUGAUCGGUUUACGUACUAUAAUCUGGAAUUUUUGGAAAAGAUAGAUAUGCAAAGCAAAUCAACGUUGCAAGACCUUUUCAAUUCAUAUGAUCCGGCAUUGAUACACUCGACCCCCGGAGUUCGCAGCGAUCUGUUUCGAAGGCCUCUGGAUAAGGUACUCGUCACAGAUUUUUUCGGUAGUGUACGGAAUGUAGAGCUUACGGGGCAACAGUACAAUCUCUCGACCUCCAAUGCGGUACACCUGUCUUCAUUUAAUGAGAUGUGA